AUGUCGAUAACUGCUUAUGACAACGCUACAUAUUUAUUUCCGGAAACUGGAAAUUCCACCAGAUUUUUGCUUUUUGGAAUUUUCCAAACGGCACAACAAAUCGCGUUCUACAGUGUCCGUGUAGAAUUCUACAUUGCUUUUUUCGGAAUUCUUCUCACCACUUUCCACAUAAUCAUUCUCUCCAGAAAGUCAAUGAUGACGUCAUCCGUCAUUUCUAUAAUGAUUGGAAUUGCAAUUUUUGAUAUGACUUCUAUGAUAAUUACAAUUGGAACCAACCAUAUGCUCUAUAAUACUGAGGGCUCAGAAUGCACACCUCCAGCAACUCUAUUCUCUUUCCACGUCUUCUGGUUCUUCAUUUCCGUCCGAGACCUUGUUCGAAGAUCUGCCACGUGGCUGGGUGUUUUAAUGGCAUUUAUCCGAUAUGCAGACCUGAAAUAUGCCCUGAAUGCGGCUUUCCAAAAAUUGACAAAGCCGAUUCUCGGGGUUCAUGCUAUUGUGAUAAGUGUAAUUCCGAGUUUUCUAUUAUCGAUUUUCUAUUGGAUGCGUUAUGAAUUUGUGAAUUCGGAGACAGACAUCUGGAGGCCUUUGGAAGAAUACAAGAACUACGCUCUAGAGAUUUCCCGUCCAAUUGUCAAUCAAAGAGCUUCUCGAUUUUUUACAGAUAAUCAUGGAAUCGUUGGAAAAGUUUAUAUGCUUCUAAACGGCACAGUUUCCAAAAUUUUGCCUUGUAUCUUGUUGCCAAUUUUAACAAUAUUAUUGGCAAUUGAACUACAGAAGGCGAAAAAUGUGAGAAAGAAUUUGGGAGGAUCUGAAAGGGAGAAGAGUACUGAGCGGACUACUGUACUUGUGAUUUUUAUGGCACUAUCAUUUUUUAUUGCUGAAAUUCCGAUUGGAACAGCACUCGCUUUACAAGUGGCUUAUACGGAUAUUGGAUUUUUAUUCCUAGCCACAUUUGUCAACCAUCUGUGCAAUGCUCUUUUCACUAUAAAUUCUAUUACCCAUUGUCUGAUUUUCUUCGUAAUGUCAUCCCAAUAUCGAACAACUGUCAGUACGUACACAGGAUUUUCAAAACUUGAAAUUAAAAGUCUUUUUCUUUAUAUGGUGACCCAGGCAGGGCGAGAUGGUGACCCAGUGGUAAACUUGCAAUCUUCUGUUAUUUAUUAUUUCUAUGCUAUUAUAACUCCUUGUAAAAAUAAAUUGCUGCACUACAUUGGAGUAUUUAUCUUCCUAACGGAAAAGUUGGUUAAGGAAACCAAUCGGAUCAAAUCGUUGGACGACGACUGGGCAGUCUUGGCUCAAAAGGACAACACAGAGUUGAAAACGAAGAAAGACUACUGUGAGAAGUACGGAGACUUCAAUAACGUCCGGGAGCAAGGUUUGCAACUCUUGGAACUAUUGCACAAACUGUAUGAUGCAACAAGAAAACGGAUUUCGGAACUGGACCCGAAACAGCUCGACGACGUCGAAGCAUGGGAUGAAAUCGUUUCAUCAUUGACCAAAGAUUCAAAGGAACCAACAACUACUCGUAUAGCCUCUAUCACCGCCACCAUCCAACCUGACAAUUCUAAUCCUGUACCAGCUACUAUUCCAACAUCAACCAUUCAUCCUCCCCAUACUACUCAUUCGUCUUCUCCCCCUAUUCCCAAUAUUCAUUCGUCUUCCCUCACUAUUCCUACUGCUCAUAUCUAUUCUCAAGAACAAUUCAUGCCGACCAUGUCAUUGCUAUCAACUCGAAUUGCUCUACCAACCAUGCAACUUCCUACCUUCCAUGGAGACAUCACCGCAUUCUCAGAGUUCACUGAGACUUUUGACUCGAUCAUGGAUUACAUGCAAGUUGAUUCUUUAUCAAGAUUCUAUUAUUUGAAAUCCUCACUGAAAGGAGAAGCUCUUGACCUCAUCAAAGGACUUCCAACCAUUCAUCAGAACUACGAAAUUGCUCGCCAACUUUUUUCCACUUCCUACGGUGGAACUCUUCGUCUCAAGCACACUCUGCUUCAACAAUUGAGAGAACUACCUGCCAUCCAUCAUUCAAAGUUGCCCAAAGACCUCCAUCAGUUAUGUAUCAAUGCGACAAAAGCUUUCCAACAACUCGUUUCUUUGGAAUGCCAGAUGGACAACAUGAUGACAGCCGCCAUCAUCGAGAGCAAACUGCCCAAAAGGAUCAUCGCCAAGCUGUAUGCCAACGGAACAGAAACUCCAUUCUGCGCCAGCGAACUGAUCAAUCGUCUCCACAACAUUUCGAAGACCGAAAACUUGGUUGAUGACAUUUAUGGAAUCAAUCACAAAGAGGAGCGUCAUUUGACCACCAUGUCUGCAGUCUCCAAGCAUAAGUCAUCCAACCAUCAACACCAACAAGAAGUCCGACUCAGUGGAAAAGCGACCAAGCCGUGCCCUUUCUGUGCGUCACCCAGGAUGAUGCAUCGUUCUGAAGACUGCCGUCAGUACAAAAGCAGAAAAGAAAGAAAAGAAAUCUUCCGGAGGAGAUGGUCCAAAGAGUACCCACAAAUUCUUCAAGAAAGGAAGGAAUUUCUGCAUCGACAGAAACACACCUCGCCGAAGAAACCAGAAGUGGGAGACGUCGUGCUCAUCGAGAAAAAGGACGUUCACAAGAACAAGUGGACAAUGGCCAAGAUUCUGGAAACGAAGCCUCGUUCAGCCAUCAUUCUGAAUGGAGAAACAAAGAGGAAAGGAGAGUACCCGUUCAACAAGUUGUUCCCCAUCGAAACCGAGAUUUUUGAGCCAAUUGUGAAGAAGGAAGAGCCACUCCAAGUAUCCAGUGAACUGACAACCGAACUCCAAAAAGAAGAAAAGGAAAAAAUGAAUAUCAACAGCGACUCAGCGCCCAAGCAAAGAAGAAGGUCACCCAGACUCAUGUCAUUCUCUCUACUACUCGCCAUGGCGUUACUGCUGCCAACCGUUUCUUCUCUGGACUGCUAUGCUUUGACACCGAACAAUCAAGAUUCUUAUCUGACGGAAAUCGUGACCACCUUCAACAAAGUCGUUCCUGCAAUGGCCAUGAUGAUUCAAGUCUCCAUCGUCAUCUAG